AGGCAGACCUGACGUAUCCAGCGUAGUGCAGGACUGAGCUGUCUGCAACAUCAAUAACUUGCAUCAAGGACUAUCCGCACACGUUACUACCGGCUGGUUUACAGGCCGAUGAAAGAGAAGGCUUAUAACAUUUUUUGCAGGGCAAACGCAGGUUGCCUGGGGUGAAAAGAAACGAACCGGAUUUUAUUGUUGUCUUUCCAAAGAGGGCGUUGCAGGAAAAACAAAAGGUGACACGUCCUUCAUCAAAGUGAUGAUUUCACAUUAGCAGUCAGACAAGGACGAUUAAACAUGUUAAAACCUCAACCCGAUUUAAGAAGGUGGGUGUUUCUUAAAAAGUAAAGAUCGAGGGAGAUGCUUGUGAAUUCGCCCUACAAACACAAACAAAUGCUUUAGAUCCGAUCUAAUGGGAAAAUGCUUGGUCUCGGGUCAAGCUGCUGCAGGUGGAUGGCUGACCUGACAGUGUAUAUUUUGUUUCCGUCCCCCGCUCCUGCGGCGCUGCAAUGCUGUGAGUCUGUGAUGGUAAAGAAGGAGCCCGGUAGCGAUCAGUGAACACGGCUGUUCGAGUCAUGCUUCCUGGGGUCGGGGUGUUUGGGACCAGCCUGACUGCCCGGGUGAUCAUCCCCCUCCUCAAAAACGAAGGCUUCGCAGUCAAAGCUCUUUGGGGACGCACGCAGGAAGAAGCCGAGGAGCUAGCCAAGGAAAUGAAUGUGCCGUUUUAUACUAACAGGAUAGACGAUGUCUUGCUGCAUCAGGACGUGGAUUUGGUGUGCAUUAAUCUACCUCCUCCUCUAACUAGACAGAUCGCUGUCAAAACGUUGGGUAUUGGCAAGAAUGUAAUCUGUGACCGAACUGCUACCCCCUUGGAUGCUUUCCGAAUGAUGUCGGCUGCCCACUAUUACCCUAAGCUAAUGAGUAUUAUGGGAAAUGUGUUGCGCUUUCUGCCGGCUUUUGUAAAGAUGAAGGAGCUACUGGAGGAGGGCUAUGUGGGUGAACUCCUGGUGUGUGAAGCCCAGGUACAUGGUGGAAGUCUGCUGGGAAAGAAGUAUAACUGGAGCUGCGAUGAUCUGAUGGGAGGCGGAGGGUUGCAUUCAGUAGGCAGCUACAUCAUUGACCUACUGACCUUUCUCACAGGGCAGAAGGCCGCCAAGGUGCACGGCUUCCUCAAAACCUUCGUCAAGCAGACUGAUCACAUCAAGGGCAUACGACAGAUUACUAGUGAUGACUUCUGCACCUUCCAGAUGGUCUUGGAAAGGGGUGCCUGCUGCACGGUCACUUUAAACUUCAACGUGCCAGGGGAGUUCAGGCAGGAGGUAAUUGUGGUGGGCUCUGUGGGGAGGCUGACUGUCAGUGGCACUGACCUGUAUGGCCAGAAGAAUGACGCUCCAAACAGGGAACUACUUUUGAAAGACUGUACCCCAAUGGGCAAUGCCUCUUUGCCUGAGAAGGCCUUCAGUGACAUCCCUUCUCCAUACCUCACUGGUACCAUACGGAUGGUCCAAGCUGUGCGGCAGGCCUUUGAGGACCAGGACGAUCAGCGCACUUGGGAUGGGAGACCACUGACUAUGGCAGCCACUUUUGAGGAUUGCCUCUAUGCCCUUUGUGUGGUGGACACCAUCAAGAAGUCCAGCCAGUCCGGGGAAUGGCAGAACAUCGUCGUCAUGACAGAGGAGCCAGAGCUGAGCCCAGCCUACUUGAUCAGUGAAGCAAUGCGACGCAGCCGAAUGUCUCUGUAUUGCUAGCAAAGCAAGAUGAAUUCAUGGACAGCCCCGUUCAGUGUGCUAACAAUGAAUGUGAACACACCACUUGAAAUUGCAUGGAGAAGGUUUGCGAAUAGAGCAUGGCGAACCAUCUCCAUAGUAUGCAAGAGUUCUGAAAGUCCUACAGUUAUUGCAUAUGGUGAGUUUGCCAGAGAAAGCUUCACAGCAUCCAUAGAAGCAGGUCUAACUUCUGAUCUUGAAUGUUGAGGACUAGUGUGAAGAAUGUAUUGCAUGUACAAGUAGCAAAUUAAAAGAGCAAUACUAGCUUUAUGUCUCUGAAUUACCUAUGUUACCUGUGUCCUUCAUUCAUGCAUUGACACUGAAAACACCUUAACACCUAGUUUGGCUAGCAAGAUCUACAUAAAAAGAACCUUCUUGUUAUUUAUGCAAUAAAUCCUUCUAGUAACCCUAGUGGUAUAGUGGAAUUAUGUUAUAAUGCCUAAAACAAAUUAAGAACUUGAACAGUUUUUUUUUUCUGUCAAAUUUGGUAUUGUUGAAAAGUUUAUGUGUAUUUAAAUGCAAUAUAUGGAAUGUUGUAACCUAAUGUUAAUGCAUUUUUGUGCUGUGUGCCAUAGAGACAUGUUAUCCUUUUAGAUUUUUUAGAUUUUUUUUAUAAAAUCUAAAAUCUAAAAAUCA